UUUUUUUUUUUGUUUUAAGCGAUUUUCUUUUCUUUCUCUUCUCGAGGGAUAUUUAUUACUUUAGGUUUACUACGUUCGUCCCAAUUCUUUUACUGAAAAAAAAAAAGGGAAACCAAAAAUGGACAAGCUCUCCAAUGCUUUUUCUCUCCUCGCUUUCGCCGAUGAAGAUGCUCCCAUAGCUUCUCCUUCUUCCACUGGGAAACAAGGAGAAAGAGCAAAUGGGUCACUUGAAGUGGGAUAUUACAAGCAACCACUCGUCUGGAUUGACUUAGAAAUGACUGGUCUAAAUGUUGAGGUUGACAGGAUAUUGGAGAUUGCAUGUAUAAUUACUGAUGGCAAAUUAACCAAAUCAGUAGAGGGUCCAGAUUUAGUAGUUCAUCAAACGAAAGACUGUCUGGAUAAAAUGAAUGACUGGUGUCAAACUCAUCAUGGAGCCAGUGGGUUGACGAAGAAAGUGCUCAGUAGUACGAUAAGUGAAAAGCAAGCUGAACAAGAGGUCAUUGAAUUUGUAACAAAGCAUAUUGGUUCUGAACAUCCACUUUUAGCUGGAAACUCGGUUUAUGUAGAUCUCAUUUUCUUAAAGAAAUACAUGCCGGAUUUGGCUGCCCUUUUCUCUCAUGUACUUGUAGAUGUCAGUAGUAUCAACGCUUUAUGCAUCCGAUGGUUCCCCAGAGAUAAAAGCAAAGCUCCUGCAAAGAAAAAAAAUCACAGAGCCAUGGAUGAUAUAAGAGAAAGCAUCAAGGAGCUUAAGUACUACAAGGAAAACAUAUUCAAAGCAAACAAAGCAAGGAGGUGAGUGGAGUGAACUUGAAGUCUUCUGAUAUGUCUACUAGAUUAGAAGGGGUUCGUUUUUGUUUCCGGAAAUCGGCAUUACUGCUUUCUAAUUAUUCUCUCGACUGUUGUAUCAUGAAACCCAGUUACAAAGAUGAUCUUAGUUAUUCUAAUGGUGCAUAGUGUUUCUCAUGUCAAGAAGCUACAAUUGCCUUGGUUGACC